UGGAAAUCCGAGAAGUUCAGAAGAUGAAAUCAGCGGUGCCCUUCCUGCAGCUCAGAGGGUGCAUGUGUCUGCGUGUGUCUCAGAGACCGCUCCAGUGACUGAAACUGACCAGAAAUCUACACCAUGUUCCGCCGAGCAGCGUCGCAUCUGUCGCCUGUGGAUCAGAUGGGAUUAAUGGGAUCAAACUGAAAACACGAAUGUCUCUCUUCCAGUAAGAGAGUUGCUGCUAUCUACGGCAAACCGUGUCUGCGGGUUUUGGGAAGAGAAAUAUGCCGACAUUGCAGUUGUCUGAAAGUUGUCGGAUUACUUUGCUGCUUCUGAACCCCCUCUCGUUCGCCCCUCUCACAGGAAGUACAGUGGAGCUGUCGGAAUGACGGUCUCUACAGUUGACACAAGCUGUUAGCCGCCUCACUUGUAAACAUUACUAGAGCCGGGAAGAAAAACGCAACUUGUUUGACUAACAUUCUUUGUGUCAAUUCCACUUUGGGUGCAAGUAACUGGACACCUGCACAGGGCGAGUUCUUCCAAUUCUACCUGGUGCCUGAGUUGUUUGGUCUGAUGUUGACCUACUGAUAGUUGGAAAUCAGAGCGGUUUACUUAUUUUGUCUACCAGCGCUGCCUGCGUUUUUAAUCGCUCCGGAUCGCCAGCACUUUCCUUCAGGAGCAGCGAAAUAAGCCACUUGCCAGGCCAAGGAUGCCGGCAGCAGCCGGGGACAGUCCGGACGACCAGUCACCGGGAGAUCUCCGCAUUUCCGCCUCGGAAAUUAACCUUCCAUUUUCGGUUGCCCAUGUUUCUCGAGAAUCAAUCCGCAAUUUCCACCACACCAAGCGGGUCGGAAGUUAUCUGAUUGGGAGGAAGUUAGGAGAAGGGUCUUUCGCCAAAGUAAGAGAAGGAUUGCACGUUCUGACUGGUGAAAAGGUGGCUGUGAAGGUUAUUGAUAAGAAGAAAGCCAAGAAAGACUCCUAUGUAACAAAGAACCUGCGGAGAGAAGGGCAGAUUCACCAGAUGAUCAGGCAUCCGAAUAUUACACAGCUUCUAGACAUACUCGAAACAGAGAACAGCUACUACUUGGUAAUGGAGCUAUGCACAGGAGGCAACUUAAUGCACAAAAUGUAUGAUAGGAAGAUAUUAGAAGAAGCGGAGGCACGCCGAUAUAUCAGGCAACUCACUCUAGCAGUGGAGCAUCUGCACCGAGCAGGAGUGGUCCAUAGGGACCUGCAAUUUGAAGAUUGAAACCUUUUACUUGAUGAAGAAAACAAUAUAAAAUUAAUAGAUUUUGGAUUGAGCAACUGUGCUGGUAUUUUGGGUUAUUCUGACCCUUUUAGUACUCAGUGUGGGAGCCCAGCCUAUGCAGCUCCAGAACUUUUAGCACGGAAGAAGUAUGGUCCCAAGGUGGAUAUAUGGUCAAUUGGUGUGAAUACCUAUGCAAUGCUGACUGGCACCUUACCCUUCACAGUGGAGCCAUUUAGCCUGAGAGCUUUGCAUCAGAAAAUGGUGGAUAAAGACCUUAAUCCCUUACCUGUCCAUCUCUCAUCAGCUGCUAUUAAUUUUCUGCUGUCAUUACUGGAGCCUGACCCCAUUAAACGACCGAACAUCCAACAGGUACUUUCCGAUCACUGGCUGAAUGACGACUCCCCAGGGACACCUAUAUCGAGCAUGGCUUACCCAAACCGGCUUCAUCCAGAGGACUUGAAUCAGAGUGUGUUGCUCCACAUGACUGAGAAAAUGGGAUAUAAACACACUGAGGUAGUAAACACGGUGCUGUCAAACCGGGCCUCCCACACUCUUUCCAUCUACUUUCUGCUAAAUAGGAAGUUGGAUCACUAUUUUAAAAGCAUUGCGAAACCAGACUUUGCAGAUGGUAUUUGCUAUAGGAAUCUACUGCAUCAGUUUGAUAAAUACAGACUGAAGGAAAUGCAGGAGGAAAAGAAGACCAAAGAUCCAGGGAAAAGAAUGGAUGCCAUCCAGAAGUCUUUCUCCAGAAAAGCAGAGAAAGGUUUUAAUAUUUCAAAACAGUCACCUUGUUUUCUUGCUCCAAUGAACCCCAGUAAAGUUGUGCAGACUGACAGAAAGGUCUCCAAAGCUGAGAGAGGGCUGUCGCUGGAACCUUGCCUGCCUGUUGGACCCAUUCCAGUAGGUGGAGCAAUAGCCAGCAAGAAUGGUUACCUCAAGUCACCUUCCUUAGAGUACUUGGAAAUGCACCGUCCCCACCCAAGGACUCCACUGCCUAUCAGACAGCAUGAAUCCCAGCCACUGGACUUGGUGAGCUCGAAAAGAAGAACAAAAGAUCUAUUUCCUAUUGCCACCACUGGGUAUCACCCUGGUAUGGGGCAAGAUCAACAAGAACUGGUUCCUCGGCAGAGAGACAUAGGAUCUACAGGAAUUUUCUUUUCCACAUCCAAUGAACAGCAUAAGUGCUUAAGUCCCUUGAACCUUCUGAGUCAUCCAGCUCACACUGUUCCAAUGUAUGAUGGAAAGAGAGAUCUUUUAAGGCCCCAGACAGCACCCCUUAACCCAUCAGAUUCACCCAACACAAAAUCUAAUGAACUAGCCAAUCCUUACUUGGUUAAAAGCAGAGGCAAGUUCCCAAUGAUGGGCAUUGGACAGAUGUUAAGAAAGCGAAACCAAACUCUACAGUUAAGAAUGGACGGACCCAUUGAUGUGAGUGGCCAUGAGACUCCAAAACCAAACAUCAUACAGAAGAUACUGUACACUGCUGGCAGUCUACAACCCCAGUGCUCAUUUCACUCCUGAGCCAUAAACUGAGAUGUGGUUUAUCUCUGGAUUUCUCAUUCAAUUUAGAUUUCUCAUUCAAUACACUAUAUAAAUAUAUAUAUAUAAUAUGAUUUUUUUUCUAUGAUAUUUUUACAUAAAUUCUCUCAGGAACUCAUAGAAAAUAUUUAAUCUGAUUUUUGCUAUGCUAAGCUAAUUUGGAUCUUUAAGUUACGAGGUCAUGAAUUUGCUUAGUGUCUUUAUAAAAUAGUACAAAGCAGAACCAUUCCCUGUGCAAUAACCUCGGCCAGUUGAAUAUUAAAAGGAGCAGGGAAACCACCUCUGAAGAAGCUUUGUUUGUUCGUUAACAAUUUUCACUUGAGGAUUUUGAAUGUUAUAUUUCAUGCAGAAGUGUUUUACAUUACACACAGGCAUGCAUCAAAGGUUAACUCGCACCCAGCAAGCAGCCUUGCAGUGUACUUUGUGCUCUCCUUGUACAUGUCAUGUUCUGUGCUGAUGCCAAAUUGUCUGAAUUUCAGGCAAGCAAUUAUGUUUCUUUAGUAGAAAGUGAGACAUUUAACAAAUAAAAUCAAAAAGCUUAUCAAACAGUCUGAGAAACAUUUAACAGUAACCAUUUCUUUUCAAAUAAUUUUUAUAUAAAUUGGGUGCUUGAUCUUCUCCAAACAAAAUUUGCAUUCAACAUUUUUUCUAAAGAUCUGUCUUAGCAACAUUUGGCACAUUUCACUGAAAAUUCUAACCACGCUUACUUGAGGAGAUUUCUUUAACCUUGCCUGACUAGUAGCAACAGGGUCAGAGAGAAGUUAAAAUUGCCUGUGGGACUUGCCAUCCCCUGUUCUGUACAGUCCUGCAGGCUAGUUUUAAAAGGUGAACAAAUGAAUAUACAAAAAUGAGAAGUGGACUUAUUGAAACACAUAAAAUUCAGGGGAAAAUUGACACGGAGGAAGCUGAGAGGAUGUUUUCCCUGGUGGAGAUAUCUAGAGCUGCAGUACAUAGUUUCAGAAUAAGGGGUUGCCCAUUUCAGAUGUGGAUUAGGAAGACUUUCUUCUCUCAAAUGGUUGGGAAUUAUUGGAAUUCUCUACCCAGAGAACUGUGGAGGUGGAUCCAUUGAAUCUAUUCAAGGCAGAGAUUGAUAUUUAAACUACAAAGAAGUCAAAUUGUAAGGGGAGAGAAUGGGAAAGUGGUCCAGAGGCCAAGAUUGGAUUAGUUCCCUUACUGAGCAGGCUUGAAGGGGUUGCCUGCUACUCCAGCACCUGUCUUAUGUUCUUAAAUUAAUUGCACUCCCUCUCUGGCAAGUAUAUCCUUAGGUAGAGUGUUCGGACCUCUACACAGCAUUCAAGGUGCAGUCUCACUGGGGUCCUACAUAAAUGCAGUAAGAUGUUUUUACUCUUGUACACAAAUCCUCUUGCAAUAAAGGUUAUCAUAUACUUUAAACUCUACUACUUGUUUACUGUACCUCUAUGUCGACUUUCUGUGAUUUGUGUACAAGGACAACCCACCUUCCAAUCUCUCACCAUCUACAAAAUACUCUGCUUUUCUACUCUUCCUAUUCUUUACAUUUUGGGUAUAUAGAGAGGCUUAGAAUGUAGUAUGGUAGAGCACAGGAACAAGCCCUUCAGCCCACCAUCUCUGCACUGACCUUGAUGUCAGUCUAACUAAUUCCAUCUGCCUGCACAUGGUCCAUAUCCCUCAUUAUUUAGUCUGUCUGUAUGUUUUUUGCUGGAUUACUCCUAUAUUCUCCUUUCCAUUUCCAUAUCAAUAUCCAGGUCCUCCUUUGAAUUCUGAAAUGUCCUCAAUCCUCAGGCUUACUGUUCUUUUUUGCAAGUGUUGUGAAAAGUGCCUUUAGUGAGAAGUGCUGCAACCAUGUCUGGACAUUUCUCCUGUUGGGUUUUGUGCCUUAAUAGAAUGUGUAUUUGUUGCAAAUUAUGUAUUAAUUCUGUAAAUGUUAGCCAUGGCUAGUUCAUUGUCAUACCUUUUAAUACAGUUUCACUAUCCUGCAUAGACAAUUCACACCUUUGUAGUUUGCUUUGUGUAGAUUUAAGACUGUAGAUUUAAUCUAAAUUGGUAUGAAUUUUUAUGUAAUAUUCGAUCAUAUUAUGAUCACGCUUAAUAAAAGGCCCCUUAACUACACCUUGACAUUGCACAAUAUUAGAUCUAAAAUAGCCUAUUCUUGUGAUUCUUUAACAUACUGAUCUACAAAACCAUCACUUUUAUCCUCCACAAUAUUACCACUAUUUUGGCUUUCCCUGUCUAUGUGUAGAUUGAAGUACCCGAUGAUUAUUGUAUUACUCUUGUUACAUGUGCGUACAUUACCACUACUCUCUGGGGAGCCAAUAAAAAACUCCCACCGAUGUUUUCUGACCCAUGCUGUUUCUUAGCUGCACCCAAACUGAUUCCGCUUCUUAAUUUCCCAAGUUAAGAUCUUUCUUCUGCUGUUAUUUCAUUCUUUAUUCUCAAAUUCCCCUUCCUGCUUUUCCAUUUCCCCUAAUGUUAGGUAUCUUGAAAUACUUAAUUCCCAACCUUGGGCACUUUACAACUAUG